CCUCCUCAAAUUCGCAUCGGCGGAUUGCCGCAGACAGGAUUUCCCACGGAUUUACAGCCUUCUACCCUAUGGUUGAAGUGGGCGACUGCCAGCAACAUUCACCUUUGCAGCUGUGAAUAUCCUGCAGUGACACACGACAGGUUAGCACAAUGCUCGAGCCACAGCCCGAUUUGAGCAUUUCGAGCAGUUCGCGCUCCUCAACGCGAAUGAUAUUCAGUAUAGCUACACACCUCACACCUUCUCCCAACUGGAAAGAGUCGCAAACCACCUUGUCCCCCUCUAGACUACCCCACAGAUUGCGAGGUUUCUCGUACCCGAUGAAUUUAACAAACGAAACGCUGGCUCCAUCAACAUCCGCAGUCGAUGGAGUACACAUUAUGCCCCCAAAGAGCUGGAUGGAGACACUCAGCACGGCAUCGCUAGAAACUACAACUUGGAGCACUGCGCCCUCACAACCUACUCGAUCUUGGACGGAUGUGUUUACGACCUCAUCCUCUCGGAUAGAAGAUCUCUACACUUUACCUUCUGCGACGUCGCUACGGUACCCCUCCUAUGCCCGGACUACACCGACUUCAGCGAUCACAACUGCACCGAACCCAGACAUAAUGCUCUUUUCCACACCUGUUGCCGCAUCUUCGAGCACAUCAUCCGAGACUCAUAUCACCACGGACACUCCUACUACCACAGACGCUCCUCCUACCACAAACGCUCCUCCUACCACAAAUUCUCCUCCUACCACAAAUUCUCCUCCCGAGCCGACUGCAACACAAUCGCAGGCCGCGAGGGGCUCACACCCCCGGUCAGCUAUGGGUUUCGGCAUCGGAUUCGGCCUUCUUUCCAUCCUAUUGUUGAUCGGGCUCGGUUUCUGGCUCCGAAGGUGGUUCAAACGACGACGCCUCCCAGAAACCCAGUUCGACAUCGAAUCGCCUAGUCAAGCUAGAGACCUAGAAAUCAGCGAACCCCAUGGGUUUACUCGUGUUCCGAUCGACAUCGAGGCCUUGAUGCCGUUCCUGCCACCGCAGAACUCCACGACCACCGCUGCCGCUGCCGCUGCCGCUGCUACCUCUGAUACGUCCUCACCGCUUCCUGUUGGCAAUCCGAACCAGCGGAGUCCCUCGCGCUCGAGCCUUAAUAUCCAGGAGGAACGAAGGAAGGAAUUUGACACCCAAUCGCGGAUACGGAGCCUUGCUGCUGAAAUCGAGGUAAUGAGGGGUAUGGACUGGAGCAGCAGUAGACGUGCCUCGUCGUGCGAACCUGGGCAUGAGCUGGCAGAGGAAGUGGGGGGUACUCAACCAAAGCAGAAGAUGAAUAGGCAAAACAAGAUUGGGCAUUCGAGGCGUGCCGGACCUAAAGAAGGCGAGGACGGAAACGAGUCGAGCGGGAACGAACGACCGUCGAAAUUCACCGAGCACGACUGCGAUUGA